AUGACUGAAAACAACGAGACGGAGAGCGAACCUCAGAACACAGAAGUCCAGAGGUCGCCUGGUUCAGUGUGCAGUCAGCAGGAAACCAAGUUUCAACGGCUGAAGAGAUCCCUUUCCUUCAAGACCACUCGAAGCAAAAGCGUUGAAAAUUUCUUCCAGCGGUCAAAUAGUGAUGAAAUUCCACCAGAGAUCCUGCCUCCUCCACCCACCUCCCCACCAACUCCACCCAGUGCUUUUCUACCAGUGGACCCCACCACCAACGAACCGCCAGCGAGGAAAUCCCACCAGGGCUCUCUGCCCCUCAAACCAGUAAGGAUGCACAACUUUCAAGAAUUUGUCUUCAAAAAGCCUACAUUUUGUGACAUCUGCCAUCACAUGAUUGUAGGGUAUUCAAAACGCGGAUGGCGAUGCAAACUCUGUAAAAUCAACGCUCAUCCACAGUGUGGAGAGGACACGUGCAGGCAGCAGUGUGUGGGGAAAUUGCCAAUGGGAUUCCGGCGAAAUUUCAGCUCCCCACUUCUCAUCCAUGAACAGUAUGGAUUUGUUAAGGAAGCCAUGCCUAUAGUGGACCCGGUGUACGAAGCUCUUCGAUUUGGGACGUCUCUUGCCCAGAUGAGCAGGUCAAGUUUUGGGAGCUUCUCAGAGUCUCCCACAAAGCAUUUGGGUAACAAUGGAGACAUUGCAGAAGAGCCGGACCUUGGGACAAGUUGCUCUGCAGACAGUGAGAGCCAGAAAGACACCGUGCCUUUGGAGAAUGGAACAGUUGAAACAGAAGAUAAGAAGGAGAGCUCCGUGUCCAUUCAGGUUAGGAAGCCCUCGGUCCGUAAAGACAUGCUUCAGAUGCACACAUAUGUAGCGCUCUACAAGUUUGUACCACAGGAGCAAAACGACUUGGGGCUACAGCAAGGAGACAGGAUUGUGGUCACGGACGACUCCAAUGAAGAUUGGUGGAAGGGUAAAAUUGGGGACCGAGUGGGAUUUUUUCCUGCCAAUUUUGUUCAGCGCAUCCGACCUGGAGAGAGAGUCUGGCAGUGUAACAGAUCGUUUCAAGGCAGCAAGGAACAGGGACAGUUGCCCCUGAAGGAAUUGCAGAUUUGUGUUGGUCGAGGGGAGGAAAUGAAUGGGUUUAUCAAGGUGUGCAGCGGCAAGAAAAGAGGAGUCGUGCCAGCAGACAUUCUGAAUGAAAUUUGACUUUUUUACCCUCCAGGUUAAGCACGACCAACACCUCCUCCAAAUGGAAUAUAUGCAGCAGAUUGUGUACCUAACAUUUAGCUCACUUAUUGUGUACGUCUCUCUCCACCACUGUACCACAUCAGACCACAGGAGAUCGGUGGGUCCAGCGAUCCUUCUCCUCCUCGCACGCCUCCAUUCGUUGUCGUCGCAAUCUCAAACGUGUGCAACGAGAGCUUGAAUACCCUCUAACUUGAACUCUGCUCAAGCGAUGGUCAGGAGGCAGUUUGCACCAGCUUUCACUGUGUCGUCCCAUCUGCCCUUCUCCAGGACACUAUGCAUUUAAGAAGCACUAGAACAGUUCCUGAGGCCACUCACUAUUUGUCCACGGUCCAUUGUCUCCAAACAGCAGAAGCUGCCCAAAAUUGCCCCAUCCCUUCACAGCAAUCAACACCUUGUUGUCUUUGUCAAUAUUUUUUGAAAUUUCUUUCCGUUUACUGAUGUGUUGGAUAUUUUGGCUCUGGGUGAAAGUGCAAGUUGGGUGAUAACAGAUUGGGAGUAUUGAUUAGUUGUUUUCACACAAAGUGUAAAUUGUUCUUGCUUGGUGUCAGGACCUUGGGGUCAGUGUCAACCGUGUGAUUGGGGGGAAGAAGAUGGGUGCAGUGGGAGGAAGGGUAGAUGGGGGAAGGUCACAAUUUCACGCCCUGGAUAUGUUAACUCCCUAACUAAGUUUGAUCGUGGCUGGUCCACUUACUACACCGAGCAUGGAACCAACCUCCAGUAAGGAGCCGUGCCUUGUGAGCAUGGAAGAGGAUGGAGAUGGCCGUGCCCUGUUCUAAUCACCUUCUCCAGAUUUGCUUCCACUGGACCCUGAUUAAAACUACACCCUGCAUCCCCCAGUAGCAUAAUUUUCCAAGGCUCCCAUCUGUUUCGGUCGAUAGCCUGAUCUUCCUGUUAAGCCACAUGGCCUAAGAUAGAAUUAUAGAGCAGUACACAGGAAAAAGUCCCUUCCAGCCCACCUCAUCUACAUCAACUGCGAUGACCCUCCAUGCUAAUCCCAUUUCCCCGCAUUAGGCCCACUUACCUCCACUCUUUUCCUGUCCAAGUACCCAUCCAAAUGCCUUUUAAACAUUGUAAUAGUACCCACUUCCACCACCUCCUUUGGCAACUCAUUUCCAGGUAUACACCACACUCCACAUGGAGAAACUUGCCCCUCAGAUCUCCUUUGAAUUUCUCCCCUCUCACCUUAAAACCUUGCCCCUCUAGUUCUAGGAUUUGAGUGGAGGAGAUGUCUACUCAUUUGUGGCUGCCCGCCUGCCCAACAUCCACCAACCAUUGCAGGGUUAAAGUCAAACCCAUUAUUGGGAAAUAUCUCUAGAGUCAGCCAGUUAGCUAGAAGAAAGGCUCCUUCUCUCUGUUUCAAAGUAAGGCCAGUUCGAGUUCCAUUCCCAUUCAAUGGAGCCCAUUAUCUCCUAGCUGAGUGGCAGGAGCAAAGUACUAAGUUUGGAACAGUAUGGGCAGUAAGUUCAAGAACUAGGGAGCUAUUUUGGAUAAAUGAAGUUGGAUGAUGCAGUCUUUGUGAUGCUGCUAUAUGCAAGGUUGAUAUAUUCAAUACAGUUUUUAAUUUUCACAGUAAGAAUUCAGUGAAGGUUGACAUUGCAUUCCUUGAGUCACAGUUUCCUUUUGGAAGAGAAAUCUAUAUCGUCUUAUGUAGGAUUAUAUAAUCCUAUAUAAGAAAUAGGAGCCGGGGUUCAAUAAGAUUAUGGCUGCUCUGAUCCUGGCCUGAAUCCGACAUCCUUGCCUGAUUGAUGUGACCCUUAGUUUUACUAAAGUCCAAAAAUAUCAAGCUCAGCUGUGAAUAUAUUUAAUGAUUCUGCCUCUUCAGCUCUCAAGGGUUGAGAAGCUCUCUAGGGUAAAGAUUCAUGACCUUGAGGGAAAAAGUCCUCCUCAUCUCCCUCAUCAUUGGGCAUCCUCCUGCUCUGGAAGUCAUUCCUCCUCGGUCUAGAUACUCCCACUAGGGGGAUCAACCUCUCAGCAUCCACCCUGUCAAUCCCUCUCGAAAGCUGGUGUGUUUAAGAUCACCUCUUACUCAUCCAAACUCAAGCUCCUCCUAAAAAAAAAUGUUCCAGGAAUCAACUUGGUGAACUGCCUCCAGUGCCAAGCUUCUCCCUCCUUAAUUAAAGAGUCCCAUGAAAUUACAGCCUUUCUGAGCAGGAGUAUCGAAAUAGGGCAAGUUGGACCAGGACACGAGGAACUGAAGGGAGCUUUACCAAAGUCAUUUAUGCCCUGGAGGACUUUAAACUCUGUACUGUAAAAUAGUAGUGUUGUAACUAAUGGAGUCAUUUGUUCUGUGUCCCUCUGAAUACCUGUCAUUUAAUUAAUGCAAGAAUGUUUGACCAAGAUAGUCCUGGUUCUCAAAAUGUCGAUUCUCAAAAGACUGUGAAAUCUUGUUAUUUUUUAUUCUGCAUACAUUAGUGCAAUCAGUGUUUUCUGAUUGGGACCACAUUACAGACUCUAACUGUUGAACCUUGUGACUCUCGAUGAACAUUUAGCACAGACUCAUCUCUCCACUGCACUGAUAGGUAUUGACCCAGUUCAGGCUACACCUUGGUUGAAGAACAGAAGGUGGGCAAGGCAAUUGUUCACUCAUUGACUACCAAUGUCAUAGGAAUCCUCAUAUUAAGUUCCCAGCUUCUGUUGCUUAACGAAUUGAGGGGGAGUUAUCACUGGGGAAAAGAAAUGAGCCUGCUCAUUGAAGUGAAGUACAUUUCAUGCCCAUUAGAAAGCUGCUACAAUGUUCUAAAACUGAAGCACUUCCUAAUCACCGUUUCAUUUUUUUAGAUUAGUAUUUCUAAGCUCCUGUUCAUCUGUAUCAAGGGUUGUUUAGCUCAGUUUACAGAUAGUUGUCAUGAGAUCAGCAAGUAUCCAAUGCUAUCCUGCCAAGGAUUCCCUUGCAGCUCAUGUAACUUCACAUUAAAAAAAACUGAAAUCCUGCACCACUGCCUGCCGAGACAUGAUUGGUCACAAUUAAAGGUUUAUCGUGACUCUCUUACAACUGUUUAGGGUUCAGCAGAGAGUACACUUGGAAUGCUGUCUUGGCCUACUUACUUAAGGAAGAAUAUACUUACCUUAGAGACAAAGAAGAUUGAUUCCUGGGGUGAAAGAUUUAUGUUAUGAGGAGAAACUUAGGGUUAUGUUCUCAGGAGUUUAGAAGAAUGGGAUGUAUUCUUAUAGAGCUCUAUAAGAUCCCGAGAGUGUUUCUUGUCGUGGGAGGGGUGGGGGAUGAUAGAACUAGAGGGCAUUAUCUUGGAAGAAGAGGAGAAACUUCUCUUACGGAGUUGUGAAUCUGUACAGUUCGCAACCCAAGGGAACUUUGGGGGAGGACUCAUUGGAUUAACGCAAGCUGAGAUAGAUUUUUGGACUUCAGGGCAGUCAAGGGAUUAGGGGAUCAGGAAGGAAAAUGGAAUCCAGGGCAAGAUCAGAUCAGUCAUGAUCAUACUAAAGAGAAAAGCAGGCUUGAGAGGCUGCUUGGCUGACUCCUGCUUCUAUUUCUAAUGUUUCUUAAGCUUGAGAAUUAAAAAAAAAUCUAAUUUCUAACUUGUUCAAAUGUGUCGUGGGUAGAUUGUGCGGGUGUGAAUCAAUGUUUUGAGGUCGUGUACAAAAGAAACUAACUUGUUUUACUCCAAGCAACGUGCACUGCUACUAACUUGCCCUAAAUAAGGUGUUAGUUGAAAUCUUAAUCAGCGAGUUAUAAUCAUCAUAUCAGUAGCCUAAAGCUAAACCAAUUGCACUGAA